CGUGUAGCCCCGCCCUUUCCGGGAUUUGCCCCAGACAGACAUGGCGGUACCGGCUUCCAGCUCUAACAAUCCCAUCGUGUUCUUCGAUAUUCACAUCGGUGGGCAGGUAACGUCCACACAUUGAGAGCUCCCCCGGUCCCGUUAGAGAGUCAGACCCCGCCGUGGGCUGUGUAAGAGCUCAGUGUGCGGCUGGGGAUACGGUCACACAUGGCACAACGUCCUGGCAACAUAGCACUGACUGUGAUACCCAGGGAUCCAGCUCUAUGGCAUGCAGGACUAGGACAUUAUAGGAGGGAUAGCUCUAUGGCAUGCAGGACUAGGACAUUAUAGGAGGGAUCCAGCUCUAUGGCAUGCAGGACUAGGACAUUAUAGGAGGGAUAGCUCUAUGGCAUGCAGGACUAGGACAUUAUAGGAGGGAUAGUUCUAUGGCAUACAGGACUAGGACAUUAUAGGAGGGAUAGCUCUAUGGCAUGCAGGACUAGGACAUUAUUAUAGGAUGGAUCCAGCUCUAUGGCAUGCAGGACUAGGACAUUAUAGGAGGGAUAGCUCUAUGGCAUGCAGGACUAGGACAUUAUAGGAGGGAUAGCUCUAUGGCAUGCAGGGAUCCAGCUCUAUGGCAUGCAGGACUAGGAUAUUAUAGGAGGGAUAGCUCUAUGGCAUGCAGGACUAGGACAUUAUAGGAGGGAUAGCUCUAUGGCAUACAGGACUAGGACAUUAUAGGAGGGAUAGCUCUAUGGCAUGCAGGACUAGGACAUUAUAGGAGGGAUAGCUCUAUGGCAUGCAGGACUAGGACAUUAUAGCAGGGAUCCAGCUCUAUGGCAUGCAGGACUAGGACAUUAUAGGAGGGAUAGCUCUAUGGCAUGCAGGACUAGGACAUUAUAGGAGGGAUAGCUCUAUGGCAUGCAAGUGGACUAGGACAUUAUAGGAGGGAUAGCUCUAUGGCAUGCAGGACUAGGACAUUAUAGGAGGGAUAGCUCUAUGGCAUGCAGGACUAGGACAUUAUAGGAGGGAUAGCUCUAUGGCAUACAGGACUAGGACAUUAUAGGAGGGAUAGCUCUAUGGCAUGCAGGACUAGGACAUUAUAGGAGGGAUAGCUCUAUGGCAUGCAGGACUAGGACAUUAUAGGAGGGAUAGCUCUAUGGCAUACAGGACUAGGACAUUAUAGGAGGGAUCCAGCUCUAUGGCAUGCAGGACUAGGACAUUAUAGGAGGGAUAGCUCUAUGGCAUGCAGGACUAGGACAUUAUAGGAGGGAUAGCUCUAUGGCAUGCAGGACUAGGACAUUAUAGGAGGGAUAGCUCUAUGGCAUGUGCAUACAGGACUAGGACAUUAUAGGAGGGAUAGCUCUAUGGCAUGCAGGACUAGGACAUUAUAGGAGGGAUAGCUCUAUGGCAUGCAGGACUAGGACAUUAUAGGAGGGAUAGCUCUAUGGCAUGCAGGACUAGGACAUUAUAGGAGGGAUAGCUCUAUGGCAUGCAGGACUAGGACAUUAUAGGAGGGAUAGCUCUAUGGCAUGCAGGACUAGGACAUUAUAUGAUGGCUCUAUGGCAUGCAGGACUAGGACAUUAUAGGAGGGAUAGCUCUAUGGCAUGCAGGACUAGGACAUUAUAGGAGGGAUAGCUCAUGGCAUACAGGACUAGGACAUUAUAGGAGGGAUAGCUCUAUGGCAUGCAGGACUAGGACAUUAUAGGAUGGAUAGCUCUAUGGCAUGCAGGACUAGGACAUUAUAGGAGGGAUAGCUCUAUGGCAUGCAGGACUAGGACAUUAUAGGAGGGAUAGCUCUAUGGCAUGCACUGUGUGUGUUACUUCCAUACAGGACUAGGACAUUAUAGGAGGGAUAGCUCUAUGGCAUGCAGGACUAGGACAUUAUAGGAGGGAUAGCUCUAUGGCAUGCAGGACUAGGACAUUAUAGGAGGGAUAGCUCUAUGGCAUGCAGGACUAGGACAUUAUAGGAGGGAUAGCUCUAUGGCAUGCAGGACUAAGACAUUAUAGGAGGGAUAGCUCUAUGGCAUGCAGGACUAGGACAUUAUAGGAGGGAUCCAGCUCUAUGGCAUGCAGGACUAGGACAUUAUAGGAGGGAUAGCUCUAUGGCAGGCACUGUGUGUUCCUUCCAUACAGGACUAGGACAUUAUAGGAGGAAUUAGUGUUAUAGACUGCAGGAUGAUUUCUGGCAAGGGGAGCUUAAUCAGUGGGACUUUCUGGUCAUCAUAGAUAUAAAUAUAAAAACAAAGUGUCAAGUUAAUGAAUUACACAAUACUUGUGUGUGUCUGUAUAUAUGUAUAUAUAUAUUGCUCAGUUAAUGAAUUACACAAUACUCAUAUAUAUAUAUAUAUAUAUAUAUAUAUAUAUAGUGCUCAGAACAUCCUGUCCCUCAUACAGUGAAUACAAUACACUCUGUCCUUCAUACAGUGAUUGCAAUACACUCUGUCCCUCAUACAGUGAAUACAAUACACCUUGACCCUCACACAGUGAUUGCAAUAGACCCUGUCCCUCAAACAGUGAAUACAAUACACUCUGUCAACUACUCUCUCUCUUCUGGUGUGGUCCCUGCUGACCUUAGAGGGACACUAUAGUCACCAGAACAACUACAGCUUAUUGAAUUUGUUCUGGUGAGUAGAAUCAUUAACUUCAGGCUUUUUGCUGUAAACCAGGGCUGUCCAACCUGUGGCCCCCCAGAUGUGGCUGAACUACAACUCCCAUGAUUCCCUGGCUAUCUGUUUCAUUGAACGAAUCAUGGGAGUUGUAGUUCAGCAACAUCUGGGUGGGGCGCAGGUUGGUCAGGCCUGCUGUAAACACUGUCUUUUCAGAGAAAAUGCAGUCUUUACAUUACAGCCUAGUGAUAACUUCACUGGCCAUUCCUUAGAUGGCUGUUAGAGAUCCUUCCUGGGUCAUGGCUGCCUAAAAUGCAUCCAAACAUUCAGUACCUCCUCCCUCUGCAUGCAGACACUGAACUUUCAUUGUAAAAGUAAUUAACUGUAUAAAAGCCUAGUUGCAUUAUAUGCACUAUACGAAGGACUGUGUAUCUCCCAAAAUUUCAAAUGGACAAAGAAGGACACUUUCAUUAUAGAGGUGUUAGUGGGGCUGUUCUGAUAUUUUAUUUAGACUUAUGAAGAACAAAUUAUGCACCUAAAACACAAUGUAGAAUAAGAAGAAAUCAUCUUAUUUACACAAACUGGUUUGUAAACACAUUUAAUGUAUUUUGAAGAGACACUAAAGUCACCAGAACAUCUACAGCUUAAAGGGACACUAUAGUCACCAGAACAACUACAGCUUAUUGAAUUUGUUCUGGUGGGUAGAAUCAUUACCUUCAGGCUUUUUGCUGUAAACAUUGUCUUUUCAGAUAAAAAGCAGUGUUUACAUUAAAGCCUAGUGAUAACUUCAUUGGCCACUCCUUAGAUGGCUAUUAGAGAUCCUUCCUGGGUCAUGGCUGCCUAAAAUGCAUCCAAACAUUCAGUAUCUCCUCCCUCUGCAUGCAGACACUGAACUUUCCUCAGAGAUUCAUUGAUUCAGUUAAUCUCUAUGAGGAGAUGCUGAUUGGACUGGGUUGUGUUUGAAUCAUGCUGGCUCUGCCUCUUUGCCAGUCUCAGCCAAUCCUAUAGGGAAGCACUGUGACUGAAUCAGGCUACCACUUCUGAUGAUGUCAGCAGAUUGCUUGUUUUUCUGAGUCAAAUAGCAUGCAGAGUUACAGCUUCAGCCUUGAAUACAGUAAGAUUUUGCUAUAUUUAUGGAGGCAUGAGGUGGUUUUAACGCUAUAGGGUCAGGAAUACAUGUUUGUGUUCCUUACCCUAUAGUGAUCCUUUAAACAUGCCACUGUGGUACCUAUCAUGAAAAAAACAUCUCUUGACCCUUUCUCCCCCUCUAACUAUCGUCCCAUAUUCCUGCUCCCUUUCUCUUCAAAGCUUCUGGAAAGACUUGUCUUUACCCGUAUGUCUCACUUCCUCAAUUUCAGCUCUCUCCUUGACGAUCUUCAAUCUGACUUCCACCCUCUCCACUCUACUGAGACUGCUCUUAUCAAAGUUACUAACAAACUAAACGCAGCUAAAUCCAAAGGCCACUAUUCCAUACUAAUUCUUCUUGACCUCUCUGCUGCAUUUGACACUGUUGACUCCUUCUUCAAACUCUUCAAUCACUCAGUCUCUUUGACUCUGUCCUCUCGUGGUUUUCCUCUUAUCUCUCCCAACGCUAAUUCAGUGUCUCCUUUUCUAAUGAUACCUCCUCCUUUGUCCUGUCUCGGUUGGAGUCCCCCAAGGCUCAGUCCUUGGUCCCCUUCUAUUUUCUCUUUACACUGCCUCUCUUAGCAAACUUAUUACCUCAUUUGGAUUCCACUACCACCUGUACGCUGAUGACACCCAGAUAUAUCUCUCCUCCCGGGACCUCUCUCCUGCUGCCCUGCAAUGUGUCACUGCUUGCCUUUCUUCUAUCUCUUCCAUCUUCUUCCUUUCUUCCCGCUUUCUGAAAACUCAAUCUCUCUGAAACUAAGCUCCUUGUCUUUCCUCCUCCUAAUACUGAUCCUCUUCUUUCUCUAUCCCUGAAGUUAGUGGUAUCCACGUAAGUCCGUCCUUGCAAGCGUGCUGUCUUGGCGUCUUACUUGAUUCUGGCCUCACAUCCAGUAUGUUGCCAAAUCCUGUAGAUUCCAUCUUAAAAACAUAGUCCGCAUCUGCCCCUUUCUUACGCAAGAUGAUACCAAGGAGCUUGUCCAUGCUCUAGUAAUUUCCCGCAUGUAUUAUUGUAACUCUCUCCUAAUUUGUCUUCCAAAAGCCGUACUGCACCGCUACAGUCUGUAAUGAAUGCUGCCGCCAGACUUAUUUUCGUCUCUAGUCGGUCCUCUCACACCUCACCCCUCUGUCAGUCCUUACAUUGGCUUCCUGUAUCUUAUAGGAGUCAAUUCAAAGUGCUAACCCAUACCCAUAAAGCAAUGAACAAUUUCAGACCACGCCGCAUAAGGAGGAAUGGUUACAUAGGGUGGAGGAGAUACAGGGUGCGGAGGCGAUGCAUGCUUCCCUCACAGGUAGGGCAGUCGGGCACGCGGAGGCAUGGUUGCCGUGGUACGAAUACAUUGCGAGAGGGCUGUAGGUGGGGGGGAGUUCGGGGGGGGGGCAGUGGCGGAGGCGCAAUGGAGUGGGAGAUGUCGGUGGAUACAUCUCCCUCACCUAUUCUUUCUAUGCCUUUCUCUUUACCUUUUCUGGUUGACUUAGAGGUAGACUAUAUCCUAACAUCAUACAUAGCCAUUAGGGUGACUUUUUCAAUACGGAUGCAUACACUGCACAGAUACUCCGAGAGAUGUCAGACACGAUAAAGGUACGAUCUCAUAGAGACCACACAAGACUGACGCUGGCACGCUGCGUUUUCAAACCUGACGGGAAUCAGGGUUACGAGGCAGGAAUUAGAGGGCUGGUGGAGAGAUCUGAUGAGAUAGUAUUGAAUUAAUCAGACUUGACACGGCACCCACCACAUCAGGAUAAACACACGGACCGGGUUCCAUGACAUAUAUAAGACUGCUCUGCUCAUACGCACCAGACAGACAUACAAGAUGUUGGACAUACGACUCACAUACACAUGGCUCCAUUUGAAAUCAGGCUUCAAUCAAACUGGUGAUCAUAAAUAAUACCUACCUGGACUUGAAGGCCGGUCAAACGCCAGUUAUGCCUACCCUGUCUUAUCUCAGUAAACGCUGGGCCUUUCACUCUCACGAGGAGAAUUUAGCCACACACAUUGGAGACAAGCGGAGAUAAAUGGUUAUGUAAUAGGUAUUACAAUAGUUGGGAUUUGCUAAUAUGUCCGGGGGACAGUUACUGUAUAAACAGGUAAUAUGUUAUGUUCGGAUUGGGCCUGCGAGUCCAUCACAACACAAAAGUUUGUAAUUGAUGAUGUGUGUUGCUCAGUUUCAAGAAUCAGAUGAAAAUCUCAAUAAAAAGAUUUACAAAAAAAUAAAAAUAAAGCAAUGAACAAUUCUAGCCCCUCUUAGAUCUCUUCACAGAUCCAUAGGUAUGCCCCUUUUCAGUUUCUCUGCUCUGCCUGUGACAUUCUCCUGUUUGCUGCUCACGCUUACAGGACUUCUUGCGGGCGGCUCCCUUCCUAUGGAAUAGCCUGCCUACCGCCAUCAGACUCUCCCCUAGUCUUCAAAAAAACCAUCUCUUUAGGAAAGCUUAUGGCCACCCAGAGUAACCUCUACCUUAAAUACCUGUCUCUUGCUCUCUCCUAAAGGGCAACACUCUACUCUAUCCUCCAGCUCUGCUUCACUCCCACCUAUUUCCUGUCCUAAUGUGUUUUUUUUUAUUCUUCUUUAUUUUUCUUCUGCCAAGAAUUGACAAUCUUGCAUUCAAUGCCACAACAGCUCACGAGUGCAUAACUUCAGUAACAUUCAUAUGACAUAGGUUAGUAGUGCACAUUUUUAAAAUAUAAGACAAUGAACGUUCCGCCAGUAAACCAAAGAAUACACGUUAAACGCAUCAGCAGAGCAGUAAGACACACAAAUACAAUUUAAAUGACAUACUUGUUAUAUCUACGCAGAUUACUAAAUAAUGUAAGGCUUAUUAAUUUUGCUGAGACCACGAAAAUAGGAGGGAGACCCAGCCCUAUGGGUCUUAAGUAAAGAAGCAGUAAUCAUGUCGUAGAGAUAAACAGUAAUGGGGUCAGUCGGGGGUGUUAACUGUUAAAUUACACUUUAAUAACCCCUGAGCAUUGUCCUCUUAUCAGGGCAAAUCUUAAAAUGUGUGCUGGCAUCCUGAGUCAACAAAUCCGGAGACUUAAACAGUGCUGGGCGAUACUCUAAAAUAACGAAAAAUAAUAAUUAACAAGCAACUGGGACUGAUGAAGGAGUCAGUACGUCCGUCAGUACGUCUCUGUGUGGCUGCUGGGGCUUCUUAGGUAUCAGCCAUUGUCAGCUGCAGCGCGUGGUGUAAAAGGGUCGAUACUGUGUACUUCCCAGCUGUGACCUUGACGUGUCGUGCUAUCUGAAGACAGGGUAAGGCCCAGUACCUGAAGGAAGGCAGCGGAGUCCUCCGCGGUGGAAAACUGAUGUGCGUCCAUCUUUUGUUGACUAUUAGGGCUCAAGAGAGGCCCCACUUGUAGCUAAUGUUUGCAGAGUGCAGGGUCUUUGUUACAUGUUGGAAGGACCGUCUCCAUUCCAGGGUGGAGCGACAUAAGUCUUGUAGGAAUUGGAGUUGCAUCUCCUCAAUCUGAAGGGGUGUUCUGGUUUUCAUUGCUUCUUGCAGUGCCAGCUUGUCGCAAAGCAGUGGGAAACGUACUAGAAUAUCUCGGGGAAUCUUAGCCAGUCUGAAGCAGCUGCCUACCUGAAUAUCCUUUGCAUGUUCAGUAACGGAUUCGGCGAUACCCCUGAUUUUAAGGUUAUUGGGCCUCCACGCGUCAUCCAGGGUAUCCAGUCUAACCUGCAUGGUUUUGUGGGAUGCCUGUAGUUGUUGUAAUAACUCGUUGGUGCCUCUUUAAAGAGGGCUCUUAUGUUUGUCAUCAGAGCUUUGAUAUCCCCCUUUUGUAGCUGGGGCUGUCAGGUCUUCCCCUCAUUGAGGGGUGAUUAGGCUCUCAGCGCGGGGUAUGUCAUAGGGUGCAUCAAGGAGUUCUUCCUCAGAGGAUAUAUAAUGUUUGCGACGCCAUUUUGAGUCUAGGCCGCGGCUUUAGGAGGUCGGCGAUAUCGCGGGAGCCAUCCCCCAUGUGGGUUUUAAGCUUUUUAGUCUUCUUCCCCAUUGCGAGCUGAGGUGCUGAACCCCAUCUCGGAUGGAAUCAGGGUAGGUAAGUGCCCCAAAUUUGCUGUAUGCUGUGCCAGCCAUGGCAGCUUAGCUGACAUGCGUCUGCUCUCUUCAGCGUUGAAGCCACGCCCCCUAAUGUAUUUUAUACCCCACCUCCUAUAGACUGUAAGCUCGUUUGAGCAGGGAGCUCUUCAACCUAUCAUUCCUGUAAGUUUUUUUGUAAUUGUCCCAUUUAUUGUUAAAUCUCUCCUCUCAUAAUAUUGUAAAGCGCUACGGAAUCUGUUGGCGCUAUAUAAAAUGCAAUAAUAAAAAUAAUUUACCCUUACACUUUGGGGGAGGGUGGGGGAGGGAGCAGUAGUGCUAGGAAUACAACUUUGUAUUCCUAGCUCUAUAGUUUUCCUUUUUAAGGAUCACUAUAGGGUCAGCAACACAAACAUGUAUUCCUGACCCUAUAGUGUAAAAAACACCAUCUAGCCCCCCUGGGCCCCUCAUGCCUCCAUAAAUAUAGCAAAAUCUUACUAUAUUCAAGCCUGAAGCGGUAACUCUUCAUGCUGUUUGCCUCAGAAAAACAAGCAGUCUGCUGACAUCAUCAGAAGUGGUGGCCUGAUCCAAUCACAAUGCUUCCCGAUUGGCUGAGACUGACAAACAGGCAGAUCAGGGGCAUGGCCAGCAUGAUUCAAACACAGCCCUGGCCAAUCAGCAUCUCCUCAUAGAGAUUAAUUGAAUCAAUAACUCUCUAUGAGGAAAGUUCAGUGUCUGCAUGCAGAGGGGGGAAAUACUGAAUGUUUGGAUACAUUUUAGGCAGCCAUGACCCAGGAAGGAUCUCUAACAGCCAUCUGAGGAGUGGCCAGUGAAGUUAUCCCUAGGCUGUAAUGUAAACACUGCUUUUCCUCUGAAAAGACAGUGUUUACAGCAAAAAGCCUAAAGGUAAUGAUUCUACCCACCAGAACAAAUUCAAUAAGCUGUAGUUGUUCUGGUGACUAUAGUGUCCCUUUAAGCUGUAGAUGUUCUGGUGACUUUAGUGUAUCUUCAAAAUACAUUAAAUGUGUUUACAAAUCAGUCUGUGUAAAUAAGAUGAUUUCUUCUUAUUCUACAUUGCAUUUUAGGUGCAUAAUUUGUUCUUCAUAAGUCUAAAUAAAAUCUCACUAACACCCCUAUAAUGAAAGUGUCCAUUUGAAAUUUUGGGAGAUACACAGUCCUUCGUAUAGUGCAUAUAAUGCAACUAGGCUUUUAUACAGUUAAUUAAUUUUACAAUGUAAUUCCUUUGGUAAACACAAUACACCCUGUCCUUUGUACAGUGAAUACAGUACGCCCUGUCAUUCCUAGUGGAGUGUGGUUGUUGCAGUACCAAAAAUAAAACAACAUUUACACUACUGAAUAUAUAUGCAAAACAAUGCUGUGAUACCUCUGCAUAGGGAAUGUAAUGCAAAAACAUAGAAAAAGCACAAUUCAUUUUAUAGGGGCCACUAGUGAACCCUAAUGUAAAAGUUCUGACCAAAACCUAGAAUUUAGCUAUAUGUUGUUCAACCAUAAUUUACCUCUUUCAUAUAAAGUGUGUCCACUUUUAUUAUAUAUCAUUUUGGUAGGAAAAAUGUGAGAAAUUAAUACAUUUUCUUUUUCAUUUAAUUCUAAAUGUAUAUUUAUACAGUAUUUGUCCAUAAUUAUGCUGUUUUACUAAUUAUAUGUUGGAGGAUGUGCCUGACAACCCAGGUUGUCCCCAUGCAGGCAAUCAUGUAAAGCAGCUGAUAAGUCAUGUGUUUGUGGUUUCAUUGCGAUCACAUGAUGCGGAUGGGCAGGAUUUGCUGCAGGGGACUAACUCGAUUGUCAGGCAGUCCCCCAUCAGAUCCACUCCGGGGAAGGCCCAAUUUUUAGGGCGUACUCUGCCACCCUAAUGGCGUUAAAGCCCUCCUUUUGUAGGACGGGAUAGUAUGCCCUAAUGUUGUUAAGGGUUUAAUGAAAAGCACGAAAUAAUACAUUUUUGGGGACCCCUGUCUCUCUAUCAAUGUACAAUGCCCUUUCAUUGAAACAUGUAAACAAUGUCCUUCAUGCAAUGAGUGCAAUACACAUUGUCAGUCAUACAGUGAAUACAAAGUCUUUGCCAUAAAAAUAGUCAGUGUAGUUUGCCUUCCUUGCCAUGCAUUAGUACAUUACACAUUCUCUGCUCUACAUACAGAUAGCAGAGUGCACCUUCCCUGCCAUACAUACAGUUAGCAGAGUGCACCUUCCCUGCCAUACAUACAGUUAGCAGAGCGCACCUUCCCUGCCGUACAUACAGUUAGCAGAGUGCACCUUCCCUGCCGUACAUACAGUUAGCAGAGUGCACCUUCCCUGCCGUACAUACAGUUAGCAGAGUGCACCUUCCCUGCCGUACAUACAGUUAGCAGAGUGCACCUUCCCUGCCGUACAUACAGUUAGCAGAGUGCACCUUCCCUGCCGUACAUACAGUUAGCAGAGUGCACCUUCCCUGCCGUACAUACAGUUAGCAGAGUGCACCUUCCCUGCCGUACAUACAGUUAGCAGAGUGCACCUUCCCUGCCGUACAUACAGUUAGCAGAGUGCACCUUCCCUGCCGUACAUACAGUUAGCAGAGUGCACCUUCCCUGCCGUACAUACAGUUAGCAGAGUGCACCUUCCCUGCCGUACAUACAGUUAGCCUUCCCUGCCGUACAUACAGUUAGCAGAGUGCACCUUCCCUGCCGUACAUACAGUUAGCAGAGUGCACCUUCCCUGCCGUACAUACAGUUAGCAGAGUGCACCUUCCCUGCCGUACAUACAGUUAGCAGAGUGCACCUUCCCUGCCGUACAUAGUUAGCAGAGUGCACCUUCCCUGCCGUACAUACAGUUAGCAGAGUGCUCCUUCCCUGCCGUACAUACAGUUAGCAGAGUGCUCCUUCCCUGCCGUACAUACAGUUAGCAGAGUGCUCCUUCCCUGCCGUACAUACAGUUAGCAGAGUGCACCUUCCCUGCCGUACAUACAGUUAGCAGAUUACACAUUCUCUGCUAUACAUACAGAUAGCAGAGUGCACCUUCCCUGCUAUACAUACAGUUAGCAAAUUACACCUUCCCUGCCAUACAUAUAGUUAGCAGAGUGCACCUUCCCUGCCAUACAUACUGUUAGAAUAGUGCACCUUCCCUGCCAUACAUACAGUUAGCAGAUUACACCUUCCCUGCCAUACAUACAGAUAGCAGAUUACACUUUCCCUGCCAUACAUACAGGGAGUGCAGAAUUAUUAGGCAAAUGAGUAUUUUGACCACAUCAUCCUCUUUAUGCAUGUUGUCUUACUCCAAGCUGUAUAGGCUCGAAAGCCUCGAAAGCCUACUACCAAUUAAGCAUAUUAGGUGAUGUGCAUCUCUGUAAUGAGAAGGGGUGUGGUCUAAUGACAUCAACACCCUAUAUCAGGUGUGCAUAAUUAUUAGGCAACUUCCUUUCCUUUGGCAAAAUGGGUCAAAAGAAGGACUUGACAGGCUCAGAAAAGUCAAAAAUAGUGAGAUAUCUUGCAGAGGGAUGCAGCACUCUUAAAAUUGCAAAGCUUCUGAAGCGUGAUCAUCGAACAAUCAAGCGUUUCAUUCAAAAUAGUCAACAGGGUCGCAAGAAGCGUGUGGAAAAACCAAGGCGCAAAAUAACUGCCCAUGAACUGAGAAAAGUCAAGCGUGCAGCUGCCACGAUGCCACUUGCCACCAGUUUGGCCAUAUUUCAGAGCUGCAACAUCACUGGAGUGCCCAAAAGCACAAGGUGUGCAAUACUCAGAGACAUGGCCAAGGUAAGAAAGGCUGAAAGACGACCACCACUGAACAAGACACACAAGCUGAAACGUCAAGACUGGGCCAAGAAAUAUCUCAAGACUGAUUUUUCUAAGGUUUUAUGGACUGAUGAAAUGAGAGUGAGUCUUGAUGGGCCAGAUGGAUGGGCCCGUGGCUGGAUUGGUAAAGGGCAGAGAGCUCCAGUCCGACUCAGACGCCAGCAAGGUGGAGGUGGAGUACUGGUUUGGGCUGGUAUCAUCAAAGAUGAGCUUGUGGGGCCUUUUCGGGUUGAGGAUGGAGUCAAGCUCAACUCCCAGUCCUACUGCCAGUUCCUGGAAGACACCUUCUUCAAGCAGUGGUACAGGAAGAAGUCUGCAUCCUUCAAGAAAAACAUGAUUUUCAUGCAGGACAAUGCUCCAUCACACGCGUCCAAGUACUCCACAGCGUGGCUGGCAAGAAAGGGUAUAAAAGAAGGAAAUCUAAUGACAUGGCCUCCUUGUUCACCUGAUCUGAACCCCAUUGAGAACCUGUGGUCCAUCAUCAAAUGUGAGAUUUACAAGGAGGGAAAACAGUACACCUCUCUGAACAGUGUCUGGGAGGCUGUGGUUGCUGCUGCACGCAAUGUUGAUGGUGAACAGAUCAAAACACUGACAGAAUCCAUGGAUGGCAGGCUUUUGAGUGUCCUUGCAAAGAAAGGUGGCUAUAUUGGUCACUGAUUUGUUUUUGUUUUGUUUUUGAAUGUCAGAAAUGUAUAUUUGUGAAUGUUGAGAUGUUAUAUUGGUUUCACUGAUAAUAAUAAAUAAUUGAAAUGGGUAUAUAUUUGUUUUUUGUUAAGUUGCCUAAUAAUUAUGCACAGUAAUAGUCACCUGCACACACAGAUAUCCCCCUAACAUAGCUAAAACUAAAAACAAACUAAAAACUACUUCCAAAAAUAUUCAGCUUUGAUGUUAAUGAGUUUUUUGGGUUCAUUGAGAACAUGGUUGUUGUUCAAUAAUAAAAUUAAUCCUCAAAAAUACAACUUGCCUAAUAAUUCUGCACUCCCUGUACAGUUAGCAGAGUGCACCUUCCCUGCCAUACAUAGUGUUAGUACAGUACACCUUCCCUACAUACAUACAGAUAGCACAGUGCAUCUUCCCUGUAUUACAUAUAGGUAGCAGAGUACACCUUUCUGCCGGACAGUCAGUACAGUACCACCACCUUCCCUGCCUUUCAUACAAUUGGCACAGCACACCUUCCCUGCCAAUCAUACAGGUAGCACAGUACAUCCUCCCUAUCAUACAUACAGAUAGCACUAUAUGCCUUCCCUGCUAUAUAUAAAGUGAGUAGAAUAUGCUUUUUGCCAUACAGUCAGUGCAGUUUGCCUUCUUCGCCAUACAUACAUUUAGUAAAUUACACCUUCCCUGCCAUACAUACAGAUAGCACAGUGCACCUUCCAUGCCUUACAUAUAGUCAGCGUAUUACACCUUCAAUGCCAUACAUACAGUUAGCACAGCACACCUUCCCUGUCAUUCAUACAGUUAGCAUAUUGUCUGUCUAUGUUGUAAUAUCUAUUUACUGUGUUUUUAGGAGGUUGGUCGAAUGAAAAUUGAACUCUUUGCAGAUGUUGUGCCAAAAACAGCAGAAAAUUUUAGGUAAGUUGAUGGCUUGAAUAGUUCCUGGGUCCUGUACUCAAUAAAUAAAUAAAAAAAUAAAAAAACAGCAUACUCAAGUUAUACCUGUAUGAUGGGACCAGUGCCCUGUACUCAUGGAGUGUUAGGUUCUUAAUUUAAAAAAUAAAAAUAAGUUUAUAAUCGUUAUAGUUAUUUCUGGAAAAGCAAAGUCUGCCACGGAAAUUAUAUCAAAUUAUAUCUGCUCUAUUUCGUGAGCACUCGUUAUGGCUACCAUUGCUUUUUUUUUUUUGAGUGGACAAAACAUUCUCAUGAGCAACAAGUUUUCUUUAAAUGCUGUGACAGAUGGACCCAAUUUAUAUACUGACGUUUCUACUGUAUUAAUAUAGAUGUAUUUGAUAUUUUUUCUCCAUCUUUCCUUAAUGUUAUGUAAUGCUUGGCACAUGUAUUAUUCAUGUUGACUUGUGAUAAACUGCUUUAAAUGUCCGCCUGAGCUCCUAAAAUAAAGAAUAAAAAAAUAAUAAUAAUUAUGUGACAGAAUAUAUAAAUAUAGAUAAAAACAAUAGCUUGCCCUUCAGUUAGUACUUGUUUAGAUCUCAAACAGGUUUUAGUUUACUGGUAUAAUUACAGAGGAACCCUAAAUCAUUUCCGUAUCACACUGAUUAAAAUUACAAAGAAAUUCAAUGUAAUCUAAACAUUAGAGGAACACGUCACUCUUCAUAAGUACUACGGUCCUCUGUAGUGGUUAUGGUGCUAGUAAUGCGUUGGCGUCCCUCCCUGAGUAAGUAUUUAGAAUGUUUAAGAACAACUAAAGGCAUAUGAGGAAAGGAACCCUCUUGGCUGUGUUGUUGUCAUCCGACACACAUUACCAAAUUCUCAAAUCAGCAACUUUUAUAAAAUAGAGUUGCAGGGACACUCAUAGAGUACCUCGAGAAGGUGAAGUGUUUUAGUGGUUUUAACAUUAGGCAAUAGCAACAUUCAACAUAAACAAAUAAGUGGCAAUGACAUUAGCAAGGAUGGGAUUGUCCGUGAGAAACCUUUCAGGUACAUUUUCCAAUAUGUUAAUAGCAUAUUUGCACUUGAUUUACCUGUCUCUUGUGAUUGGAAUCUUAGGAAUUCCAAUCAUGCAUCUGACACCUACUUUUGUCAGACUGACUUUUGAAUUUGUAUCCAUGUAAAUCUUUAUAACCAGUUUUGUUACUAGUUUAUCAGGGGAGGCCUGAUGAGCCUUUCAAAGGCAAAACAUGUUGGCCUGAAGCUAGAUUUGAUUUAUUUUGUAAUUGGUUUAGAAAACCAGUGAGGAUGUUGGACGUGUGACUGUGUGUGUUGUCACAUAAUGCAUUCUUUGGCAAAUAGUUUAACAAAAUAGUAAAAUCUAUCUUCACAAACAGUAAAAGGCUGUCUUACCUUUAGAGGUUAACCCCCCGAAGUUGGUCUCCUGGUGCCCAACACCACUGUAACUUUAAAGGGACGCUAUAGGGUCAGGAGCACAAACAUGUAUUCCUGUCCCUAUAGUGUUAAAACCACCAUCUAGCGCUGGCCUCUUGUCUCCCUAAAUAUAUUAAAAUCUUAUUUCCAUUUAAGUCUACAGCUGCUGCCUCUGCCCCUGAUCUGCCUGCUUGGUUGACAUUAUCAGAAGUGAUUAUAUGAGCCAAUCACAAUGCUUUCCCAUAGGAUUGGCUGAAACUGUCAAGGAGGCAGAUCGGGACAGAGCCAGCACAAGCCAAACACCAAUCAGCAUCUCCUCAAAGAGAUGCAUUGAAUCAAUGCAUCUCUAUGAGGAAAGUUUGGUGUCUCCAUGCAGAGGGUGGAGACACUGAAUGGCAGUCACACUGUGGAGCACUGCCCCAGGAAGCACCUCUAGCAGCCAUCUGAGGAGUGACCAGUGGAGUUAUCCCUAGGUUGUAAUGUAAACACUGCAUUUUCUCUAAAAAUACAGUAUUUACUGCAAAAGGCCUGCAGGGAGCUAUUAUACUCACCAGAACAAAUACAAUAAGCUGUAGGUGUUCUGGUGACUAUGGUGUCCAUUUAAUAUCUAUUGUACCACAACUCCCAAUCUUUAUUUUUUUUUUUUGUGAUAAUUAUUCUUUAGGAGUUUUCCCCCAUACAGGAUUAUGAGGUGGUGGGUGCACGGAGCAGGAACCCAACCAGUUAAUUGAUUUCUUAUUUAUUAGAGUGAGAUCUGAUAUGAAUUCAAACAGAGUUUUAGAUUUAGGGCCAAACUAGUUGUACUGGGAAAAAUAUUCAAGUUAACUGUUUCCAGUUUGUCUACUUUGGCUUUAAUUUUGAAAUUAACUUUAAAUUUCCUACAAUUCUCAUUUUAGUAAAGAAUAUAUUUAUAUUUUUAUCUUUCUCUCUCUCUCCCACCCUCUAUAUUUCAUGUAUUGUUCCGAUGGGCUCACAUAGUUGCAUGUAUCUGACCUCUAUAACCCAAGAAGUUGAUCAGUUCCUCAAUUGUUCUGAUAUUUUUUGGACUCUCAAGGUGGAAGGUGUUAAAAUCCUCUGGUUGGUUGACUUAAGGGAUUUAACAGUUAUUAUAUAGCUUAAUAAGGAGUUGAAUUGUGUUAAGGAGAAGUGUAGGAAUACUGGAGAUGGGGAAGCUGAAUUUGAUCUGCAUAUAGCAAAGAAAACACUUCCUGAAAUGUGGGCCAAAAAUAUAGUAGCAAAUCCACCCUUCUUUGGGAGUAUCGCUAGCUUAAAUCAGGCUUGGAAAGUGAGAUAAGGUGUAGGUUAUGGGGCUUUUCCAGCAAAAUAUGGUUUGGAAUAUUUCUUGGUGAUUAAAGGAACACUAUAGGCACCAAAACUACUUUAGCUUAAUGAAGUGAUUUUGGUUUAUAGAUCAUUCCCCUGCAGUCUACUCAAUUCACUGCCAUUUAAAUCACUUUGUUUAUGCAGGUUUAGUCACAUGUGACUUAUUCAACCUUCCUAAACACUUCCUGUAGAGAGUCAUAUAAUAUUUACAGUUCAUUUAUUACAAAUGUGUUUAUGUUUAAUUUAGAAUUUCUUAUAUCCUGUUCUAUUAAUAAUCUUCUAGAUCCUGGAGGAGCCACCUGUGUGUAAAUAAACGUCAACUUACAGAGCAGAAUAUAAAAACUUCUAAAGCAAGUUAACUUCUCAUUGAAAAUAAAAUCUCUUUUUCCAUGCAGGCUGUAUGAGUCACAGCUAGGGGAGGUGUGGCUGGGGCUGCAUGGACAGAGUUACCUCCUAAAUGCCAGAGAAUUGAGCAGUGAGAUUGCAGGGGCAUGAUUUAUACACUAAAACUGCUUCAUUAAGCUAAAGUUGUUUUGACGCCUAUUAUGUCCCUUUAAGCAUUAAUGGAGCUUUUAUGGAGCAAGAUAAAAUGGAGUUCCAUUGAUACAAAAAUAUUACUGUGGCCUUGUGGUUUUUUCCUAAGUGUUCUAUCUAAGAAUUUUAAACAAUCCUUUAAAAAUAUCUAAGAAGCUUGCUUUCUUGAACUCUGAAAGGAUAUCUAGCUUAUAUGCCCUUAGUUAGAUGUAGAGAAUGAUUGGUGAGUUGGCAGCAAAAAUAUAAAGGAUGACAGUCUAGGAUCGUAAAGGUGGAAAUAAAAUGUUAUUUGUAUAAACUUCCAGGACUCCCAGUAGGUGUUCUACUGGCUAAUAGGUAGCUUGCUUAGUGGGAAUACAGUGUACAUCCAUGGCAUGGACUGCUUCCUCUAGUCUUAUAUGUAGUGGAAUGGAUAGAGUGCAACACACCAGAAAGGAAGGCAGAAUUAUGGGAACAAAAGGCUGAGGAGAAAGGGGAAAAAAAGAUAAUUAUGCCCUUUGCCAAGUAGACAUCAUACAUAAACUACAAAUGCAGUUGAUAAAAGGCGUUUGUUUAUAUUGCAACUAUACUAGAAGUAAACUGGCAUAUAAGUCAACGAUUUACAUAGCCUGAAACUUGAUCUGUCUACUGUGAAAUAUGGUUCCUUAGCUUGGAUUUAUUUGGUUGACUGCUGUGAACUGCAUAUAUAUCUGUUCUGCUGUGACACACCCUUAUCUAAGGAAUUGCAUAAUCCACUUCAUGAUAAGACCAUGUGAUCACGGUCCUAAUUGUAGUGCUGACUUUCCUUAAGGUCAAGGUACACAACGCUGUAAACAAAUUGUUGCCAGCACUGCCCUUUUAGCCAGUUAGAUAGAAUGUAUUCUUAAAUAGGCACGUGUUUAAUGGUCUCAUGAAUCUAAUUUUUCACUUUUAAAAGAUUUAAAUCGACUCUGUCACUUUUUAGUAUUUUAUGAAGAUAAAACGCUUAUGAAGCACUCCUGCUGGUUCUCACUUCCAUUGCAAUUUAUAAAAAAAAAUACAUAAUUAGACAGAGUAUGCAGGAAGCCAAAAUGUAGCUGCUCUCAACUUCUUCAGCAGUUUCAUUCAUCAUUUUUCAUGAAUGUAACUACUGCCAGAGCUGAACUACAUAUCCUGUAACACUCUGCUGUACAAAGUUAAUCCCACGGACUAAAGUAGGUGGCUCCUGCUAGUUGGAAUCUCUUACUGGUGUUUGUACAGCAGCUGAAGGAAACUUAGGAGGACUCUGUCAAACACAUAAAGCACUUCAGCUUGCUCUAGUGCUUUAUGUGUGAAGAGUGUGCCCUCCUUGUUUUGUAAAAGUGCAGAUUUUAAUAAUAAUUUCAGUAAUACAGCACACUGAGAAGUCUGUGAUUGAACUGCUUCCGAAUAAGGACACUGGUCAUUCCGUGGUAGGUGCAGAUACUAGAUCUACAGUUUUGGCAAGCAAAUACUCCAUAUAUCUCAAAGAAAAAAUGCAAAAAGAAUUGCAUGCAAGGUUUCUUUGAGGGUUUAUCUACGAAACUAUUACUGAACUGUGACAACAGUCUCAUCUUCUUGGCUGGAGAAUAUUAGUGUGUGUGUGUGUGCUUGCGCUUGCUGCAAAUGAUCGCCCUAUAGAAUGCUUCUCAUAGGAAAAAAAUAACUAAUGAUUUACUUCCACAAGUUGAAGUAGUUUAGGAAUUAGGAGUGUCCCUUCUAUAACCAGAUUGGAGUGAUGCUUCUUUGCUGUCUGGCCAGUGUGAUGAACUAGACUUUUUUCAGACAGACACAUUACUGUAUUAAUUUUACAUUGACUCCUUUGAAGAUCUAUCCCUUCUAACAAUAUGUUUUUAUUUGGUCAUUUAAUGUCAUUUCACUUUAAUUGUUAUUGCACUCAAGAGCAGGCAUUUAGGAUGGUAUUAAUUCAUUCAAUUACGGUUUAAAUAGACUUAAUUGUUUUAAAUUAAUUCGGUUACCUAAUAAAAGUUGAGCAUUUUUAAUGACCAUUUAUCAAUUUUUCUCUUUUCAGGCAGUUUUGCACAGGUGAAUUCAGGUUAGUAUCUUCACUUCAAGAUCAUUGUCUAAACAGCAAUUGUCCAGAAAGGCAACAAAGCUUUCAUCUGAUUGAAAAUGCGAAUUCACCAAAUCUGGAGCAGGAGUAAAAUAUAGUGCAUCAAAGAAAACUUAAUAUUGCAAACUAACAACAAAAUCUGUUGUGAUUCUCAUUUUUCCCUAUGCUAUUAUUAUUGUUUUGUGACAGGGGCUGUUUGAUUGUCAUGUGCGUGUUUCCUCAUGUUUGUGUUGACAUCUAAAUGAGUCAACAGGGUUGACUAACCUGAAGUCUGGCAUAGGGCAUCAUGCCAACGUCAGCCUUCACCGAUUUAAAUGCACUCUGUUCACUAUUUGCUUAUCUAAGCUCUUAAUACAAGUUCAUAAAGUCAACAAGAUGAUACAGUCUUCAAUAAUCAAAUGAAAAUUACAAACCCAAGGUCAGAGCCUCUGUCUGUUUUAACCUUUAGGCAUUUUCACGUUAGGUGCUUGUUUGUAGACAUAGAAUGGGCCAGAGGUCAGGGACCUAUUUCUCUCGUGAUGCUUACUCUACUAUAUCAAAGUUAAUAAUUUUUAUAUGGCUGAGAUCCCCCCUUUGUGCUGUAGGUCUGAUUAAAAAUGAAACACUUUUUUUUUCAUGUUAAGUGUGAGUCAUAGCCGGGGGGAGUUGUAGGGGAGGCUAGGGCUGCAGAAACAGGAACAAAGGUGAUUUAACUCCUAAAUGGCAUAUAUUUAAGAAGUGAGAAUGCAGUGGAAUAAUCUAUAAACCAGAACUACUUUGUUUAGCUUAAGUCGUUUUAGUGCUCAGAGAAUCCCUUUAAGGAGUUAAAUGUUGAGAGGUAUGUUUUAAGUGCUGAAACAUCAGGCAGGAGGUUUUUAUAUAUAUUUUUUAAUCGUCAAUUGUUCCUCCUCGUGUAGAACAUGUAUGGGGGAUCUUCAAUUCUCUAUUUAUAAAAAAACAAACCAAAAGCAAAUAAUUUAUUUAAUUACUUGCGUUAAUAUUAAAGUGUUUCCCUAAGUGCAAACGUGUUAUUCUAUGUUUAAUGAAUUAAAUCCAAUUGUCAUAAUUUCAGCUAUAGUUUUCUCUCAUGGGUUUUAUUGCAGGAAAGAUGGUGUUCCUAUAGGUUAUAAAGGAAGCACUUUCCAUAGGUAAGUACAGCUGGAUGCUUCAAUGUAUUCUCCAUGUGCGUUAUUGAUAUGUUAUUGGUAUUAACUCAUAAUGUGUUGGUCUUGAUGCAUUAACAGUACUUAUUGUAAGUGCUAUUUUUAAGGACAUUCUAGAACUCUAGGUUUUAACCUUUUGCCAAGGACCCCCAAAUGGCAAAGAAAAUAUUACAUUGGAUAAACAUUUUUAAAUUUUUCAGUAAUUUUCAACUGUCGUAUAAAACAUUAUCAAGAUGGAUUCUGCAUAAUUCUUCUCAUUGUCCAAACGUACUUUACUGCCCAUAGGAAGGCGGUACGGUACGGUACUGCUACAGUAAACCACUACAGUAAACCACUAGUUGUAAACAUUAGCCUUGGACCUGACUAAUAGGAUGUCUGUUCUAAGAAUUACAGACCCACAGAAAAAAAAACAGCUACAAUGUGUUUCUUUUGAUAAUGUGUAAACUUCAGCUUAAAGGACCACUCUAGGCACCCAGACCACUUCAGCUUAAUGAAGUGGUCUGGGUGCCAGGUCCUUCUAGGCUUAACCCAUUUUUUCUUAAUUAUAGCAGUUUCAGAGAAACUGCUAUAAUUAUGAAUGGGUUAAGCCUUCCCCCAUUCCCUCUAGUGGCUGUCUCAUUGACAGCCACUAGAGGCGCUUGCGUGCUUCUCACUGUGAUUUCACAGUGAGAGCACGCAAGCGUCCAUAGGAAAGCAUUGUAAAUGCUUUCCUAUGCGACGGGCUGAAUGCGCGCGCAGCUCUUGCCGCGCGUGCGCAUUCAGCCGGCAGGCGGAGGCGGAGGAGGAGAGCUCUCCGCCCAGCGCUGGAAAAAGGUAAGUUAUUACCUCUUUCCCCCUUCCAGAGCCGGGCGGGAGGGGGUCCCUGAGGGUGGGGGCACCCUCAGGGCACUAUAGUGCCAGGAAAACGAGUAUGUUUUCCUGGCACUAUAGUGGUCCUUUAAUGUUAUCAAUUGGCAAAUACUAUUUUUGCAUUUGCUAAAAAAAAAAAAAAAAAAUACGCUAUGGCCGCAUAUGUUAAAAUAGAUGUUAAACAUUCCUAAUAUUUCUGAAUGUUUGACAAUUAUUUAACUUUCUUUCAUUUUUGGUAUUUGUUGUAUGAACCCCAUUUUGUUAAAGCUAGUGUGCUACGUUGUGAUAAUUUUUGUACUGUUUAAAAGUAUCACCUUUAGGAAUUAAUCAGUUUUUUGCUGUAGCCAGUAAUAUAGUCCACUUCUGUAGCCAUUUUGUGUGUAUUGGGAGCGGACAGUCCCCACUCAGCAUGGAUCUGUAUUGUUUUAUACAACUGAUGAGUCUGAAACCUAUAGAAAUGUCUGCAUGAUGAAUGGUGUAUAUGUUAAUAGGAAAAUAGUGAAUUGCAGAGAAAACCAAAUUGCAAAAUCUAUGCAACAAUAUCGGAUUAUUAACCCCUUAAGGACUGAGCCAAAUGUACACGUUGUGAUCAAAAUAAAACAUAAACAAAACCUGGCAUUUGCAUUACAUGUCUGUCCAACCGUAAUUCACCUCUUUCAUAUUAAAUGCACCCACCCUUAUUAUAUAUCAUUUUAUUCAGGGGAAACAGGGCUUUCAUUUAACAUCAAAUAUUUAGGUAUGAAACAUAAUUUAAUAUGAAUAAAAUAUUAAAAAAGGGAGAAAAUAAGAUUUUUUUUAAAAAUGUUCUUAGUUCUAUGUGACAUUUUAACUGUGAAUGUCAAAAUACUGUUCGCUUUUACUGCAAUAAAAUACACACAUUUGUAUUCAGCGAUGUCUCACGUGUAAAACAGUACCCCCUACGUACAGGUUUUGUGGUGUUUUGGGAAGUUACAGGGUCAAAUAUAGCGUGUUACAUUUUUCAGUUUUUUUUAAAUUGAAAUUCGCCAGAUUGGUUACCUUGCCUUUGAGACCGUAUGGUAGCCCAGGAAUGAGAAUUACCCCCAUGACGGCAUACCAUUUGCAAUAGUAGACAACCCAAGGUAUUGCAAAUGGGGUAUGUCCAGUCUUUUUUAGUAGCCACUUGGUCACAAACACUAGCCAAAGUUAACGUUAAUAUUUGUUUGUGUGUGAAAAAUGCAAAAAAACUAAUUUGAAUUAAGUUCCGUAUACUUUCGGCGUGGGUUGUCAGGCAGGUCCCACAAAAUUGUAAUUAAUAAAAUGACCUAAUUAUGUAAAAUUAUUACAUAAAUAUAUAUGUAAAAUUAUAUAUAAAUCCAAGGUGCUUGCACUCCAGGUAUAUAAUGACUGUGAUGCCCGGUGCGAUUCCAGCAAAUAAAUCAUAGGUAUCCAAAAAAACGGAAUGCACUCCAGGGUCUUCGUAAAGUAACUUUUAAUUCAUAUACAAAAUAAAAAAAUAAACAUCAAUGUUUAGGCUCACAUCCGGAGCCUUCUUCAUCCUGAUGAAGAAAGAAAAUGGUAGAAAAUGAAUAGAACACUAUUAGAAUAAUUAAUCAGCCUGACUUGAUUAUGGAAAAGAUAAGGUGGAUUCAACUAUACUUCUUAAUUUCAGUAAAAACUGAAGAAGGCUCCAGAUGUGAACCGAAACGUUGUUGUUUAUUUUUUUAUUUUGUAUAUGAAUUAAAAGUUACAUUUUACUUUACAAAGACCCUGGAGUGCAUUCCGUUUUUUGGGAUAUAUAUGGUUUGACAACUACAGCGUACUGUAGUGUUUUUGGUGCUUGGAGUUUUUACUUAAAUUAAGAAGUAUAGUUGAAUCCACCUUAUCUUUUCCAUAAUCAAGUCAGGCUGAUUAAUUAUUCUAAUAGUGUUCUAUUCAUUUUCUACCACGCCAUGUUUAUUUAAUAAAUAUUUAAAGGGACACUAUAGUCACCUCAACAACUUUAGCUUAAUGAAGCAGUUUUGGUGUAUAGAACAUGCCCCUGUAGCCUCACUGCUCAAUCCUUUGCCAUUUAGGAGUUAAAUCCCUUUGUUUAUGAACCCUAGUCACACCUCCCUGUAUGUGACUUGCACAGCCUUCCAUAAACACUUCCUGUAAAGAGAGCCCUAUUUAGGCUUUCUUUAUUGCAAGUUCUGUUUAAUUAAGAUGUUCUUAUCCCCUGCUAUGUUAAUAGCUUGCUAGACCCUGCAAGAGCCUCCUGUAUGUGAUUAAAGUUCAAUUUAGAGAUUGAGAUACAAUUAUUUAAGGUAAAUUACAUCUGUUUGAAAGUGAAACCAUUUUUUUUUUUCAUGCAGGCUGUGUCAAUCAUAGCCAGGGGAGGUGUGGCAGGGGCUGCAUAAACAGAAACAAAGUGAUUUAACUCAUAAAUGACAGUGAAUUGAGCAGUGAAAUUGCAGGGGAAUGAUCUUUACACUAAAACUGCUUUAUUUAGCUAAAGUAAUUUAGGUGACGAUAGUGUUUCUUUAACUAUGUCUAGAGAAGUGUUUUCUCAAGCUUUUUAAUAUUUAUUUAGUUAUUCUUAUUAAAGUUCUGAUUUUAUUCUACAUUUAUUCAUUAAAGUGUAGAACUGUAUGAUUUAGUCCUUUAACACUCUGAAAGAGUAUAUUAUGUUUGCCUUGUACGUAGACAGACUUACAAAUAGUUGUUCAGAAAGGUUUUUUUUUUUAUUAUUUUAUUUAUUUAUUUUUUGCCUUUUUACUUUACUUAGCAAUUUAUUAAUGGACACCCCGGACUGGAAGUGACAAUUUUUGUAAUACACUAUACAUACACUCACCUUUUAAAGUUUCUUCAGCUGCUAUCCUUGCUCGAGCAAACAGCAGCAGCAAGUUCUGUCCAGGAAGAGGGUUCUUCCAGAAGGCUUUCAUUGUGGUCUUCAAAGUCUACACUUAUCAAGCAGGUCUUAAUGUAUAUAUUUCACGCCCCAGCAGCAGUUUCAUUCAUAGCAUAAUUGGAACAGCUGAAUGAGCUAGGGCAGUCAUACGGCAAUAUAUCCUAUGUAUCAUUUUAGUUUACUGACGGUCCUCUUUUGUGAAAAGGCUGUGCACAGCAUUCACUUCAGCUGUUGGCCUAGCGUGCAUGCAGCCUCACAUUGUACUGUAAACGUUUUAUUAGGGCAGAGGAGUAAUUAUAGCUUCUCCUUCUGGGUCUUCAUGUGCUAUGACAGGAACAUUAUAAUACUAAGGCAACGUCAAUUCCCCACAAUAAACGGAUUACUGAAAUGACACUGGAUUUUUUUCAGUGCAAUAGAGAUCUUUCACACUGCCAUGUGUCUAAUGAAGGUUACAUAGUUACAUAGCUGAAAAGAUACUUGUGUCCAUCAAGUUCAGCCUUCCUCUUUGCUGUUGAUCCAAAAGAAGGCAAAAAAAACCAAUUCUGAAGCAAUUCCAAUUUUGCAACAAACUAGGAAAAAAAAUCCUUCUUGACCCCAAAAUGGCAGUCAGAUAUCUCCUUGGAUCAAGCAGCUAUUACCCCACUAAUUAGAAAUUAUAUCCCUGUAUGUUAUGUUUUUGUAAGUAUUUAUCCAAUUUCAGUUUAAACAUCUGUAUGGACUCUGACAAAACCACUUCUUCAGGCAGAGAAUUCCAAAUCCUUAUAGUUCUUACUGUAAAAAAAACCAAAAAAAACCUUUCCUUUGCCUUAGAUUAAAUAUCCUGAAAAAGGUCAUUUUUAGAAUCUAUUUUCUAAUAUACCAUGAUUUCCAAUUGUACGGUGGUCACUGAGAUCAUUUUUUAAAUAUAAGAAUAGGUCCCCAAGCUAGUGUUAGGUAUGUAGUUUGAAUACUUGUCAAAAAAUUCCUUUCCAGUGUUUGACAAUAUCCAAAUACAAUUGGCUAAUGAAAGGGGGAUGGGCAUCAAAGCAGUAGGAAAAGUAACACCUUGAUUACAGAUCUGCGCGGAAUCAUAAUGAAAUGUGAGUGCGAUAGCUGUUUGAUGUGGCUAUAUUUUUAUGCCUUUGCUCGUAUUACCAAAACAACCAUAUCUUCUGUUAUAUUAAAUUAUUAAUAUGGCAUUGUCUGGCAACUAAGCCAACCCUUCUGAGGCAUCGUACCUUGGACCUGCAGUUCUUUAACUGUGUACUGCUAUUCACAGGGUUAGGCCGAACUGCAAUGAAUUAAUAUACAAAUGGAAAUAUUUAUGUUAAAAUAGCCAAACUGUUACUAUAUCUAAAUUGGACAUUUUACGUUUUAUUUUUUCCAUCAUUUUUAAAAUGCUUUAAAAAAAAAAAAAUUAAAAAAAAAUAUUUAAGCCUAAAUAUUGCCAUUUAGAUUUCAAUUCACUACAAUUCAGAUUUUAGUGAAUAAACCACAGGUUGUUAAACCCUGGCCCUCCGUUAUUGUUGCACUACUGUUCCAUAAUUCCCUUUCUCCAGCUGUCAGGAAAUUAUGGGGUAUGUAGUUGUACAGCUGGAGGGCCACAGUUCUUUAACCCUUGUAUCUAUCUAUCUCUUUAUUCAGAAAAUAUUUUACUGGGAUAGAUACAUUUAGAUUUUUAUCAUUUUCCAAUAUGGAUAAGCAGCAUAUAGCCGUCUAAAAUAAAACUACGAAUAACACUCCUAGAUGCUGCUUUUCCAUUUAGGUGUGGCUCUUCUCUUUUAGUUAUCGUUAAUUUUCAGUCUGAAUUUUCAUGAUAAUCUUUAGUAGCAUCGGUGUUGUUGCUCGGCAACCUGCGUGCUUAGUACUUAGGGAGUAAAUCUGUGAUGUAGCCUUUCUGCCUCAAAUUCGUAUCUGUAUUCACCUCAAGUAGACUCUGCACACCGCAUACAGGAUUUCCACAGGGGUGUUUCUCCAGCACAGCAGCCCCAUUAAUAAUGAACCUUUUAAACAUGCCACUGGAUAAUACAUUAUUUAUGAACCCACUAACCUUAAAAGGACGUUGCUAUUUGAUUGAAACGUUGCCAGUACUAUGAUAUUGAUGCAUUAAAUUUACUGGAUUUCUUUGUGUCAUGUGCCUUUUUUCUUCUUGGGGAGAACCGAUGAGGGAAUUGACAAUUUUAUACCAUAAUUGAUUAGCUGAGAAUGUGUCCUAUUCUCUUCUGCUUAGACCUGAAAAUUAGCAGUUCCCUGUCAAAUCUCUGUAAUAUUCAAAUCUGUAAUUAAAUAUAUUUUAUAUAUAUGUUUAUAUAUCUUCAUUGAACUUAUGUAUGGGAGCCUGCCAUCCUUUAUUGCUUUAUUAAACUGACCCGGCAAUCUUGUGACUAUAUGAGAUUAUGUAAACAACCUCAGACUAUAGCAGAUACUUUGUGUACAUUGUCUUUAUACAAUCAGAGGGAAGACCGGCUGCUUGCAAGGUGAGAUCUUAAAGGGACACUAUAGUCACCAAAACAACUUUAGCUUAAUAAAGCAGUUUUGGUGUAUAGAACAUGCCCCUGCAGCCUCACUGCUCAAUUCUCUGCUAUUUAGGAGUUAAAUCACUUUGUUUAUGAACCCUAGUCACACCUCCCUGCAUGUGACUUGCACAGCCUUGCUAAACACUUCCUGUAAAGAGUCAUCUAAAGGUUAUCCUUUCUUUAUUGCAAGUUCUGUUAAAUUUUGAUUUUCUUAUCCUCUGCUAUGUUAAUAGCUUGCUAGACCCUGCAAGAGCCUCCUGUAUGUGAUUAACGUUCAAUUUACAGAGCUAAAGAUAAAAUAGUUUAAGGUAAAUUACAUUGAAAGUGAAACCAGUUUUUUUCCUGCAGGCUGUGUCAGUCAUAGCCAGGGGAGGUGUGACAAGGGCUGCAUAAACAGAAACAAAGUGAUUUAACUCAUAAAUGGCAGUGAAACCGGAGAGGCAUGAUCUACACACUAAAACUGCUUUAUUAACCUAAAGACUAUAGUGUUCCUUUAAUGCAGUGUACCAAAAUUGUGGUCAGACUGACUCUGUAUACAGUACCUUGUUCUCAGUGUGUAUAUCCCUUAUCAUAUGGUAUGAGUAUGGCACCCAUGGACAGCCGAUCUGUGUGAGGAACAUAGAACCAUCACGUUUCCGUACUCAGUACAUUAAGUGUACUCCUUUACAUUGAUGGGAAAUAUCCACAGAAGCUGGAGUGUCAGAGAUUGUCCAUGACUAUGCUAAUGUAAAUCGUAUUACUAGUCACAACUUCUUCUGACUGCUUCCUUUGUGUAUUCUCUCCCCAGGGUGAUAAAAGAUUUCAUGAUCCAAGGUGGUGACUUUGUUAAUGUAAGUGUUUAAUUAGAAAUGCAAUUAAUAAUUUUCCUUGACAAUCUAUUUUUUUUCAAUGAAUAUUGAAGAAUAAUGUGGACCUACAAUUAACAUAACAUCUACAGCUUUCUGUUGUUGCCUGGUGUCCCGGAUGCCCAGAGACCAUCUCUCCUCAGAGACAGAGAUAAUGUGACAUUAAACUUUUAUCCAACCUGGAUGACUGAUUAGCUGAGAGUGCUGGGGAUGGAUGUUCAUUCCACAUUGUUAAUGCGGCCCAAGAGGGGCUUUCUCUGGGUGCUAGAUAAUUUAAACUAUAUGAUGUUAAACUGGAGGUAUUGCCAGGGCACCCACAGCAACAUAACCCCUACUGUGAGAGAUUCUCUGUGCUAGAAGUAAUACACAUUCUUUAAUGAAUGUUGAACAUUCUUUUUAAAAAAAACAAACUCAUCAAAUAAGUAAGAUACUGUUUAUAUUUCCUGCUGUCUACAUAGAAACGUAGAAUGUGACGGCAGAUAAGAACCAUUCGGCCCACCGAGUCUGCCCAAUUUUCUAAAUAAUUUCAUUAGUCCCUGGCCUUAUCUUAUAGUUAGGAUAGCCUUAUGCCUAUCCCACGCAUGCUUAAACUCCUUUACUGUGUUAACCUCUACCACUUCAGCUGGAAGGCUAUUCCAAGCAUCCACUACACUCUCAGUAAAGUAAUACUUCCUGAUAUUAUUUUUAAACCUUUGCCAUAGAUCCUCAGGCAAGCUGCAGUUAAGGGGUAUAUUCCAUCAUUCAGAUGUCUCUCAUUAAAGUCAAUUAGGCCUAAUUUUAUUCAAAAAACUACCAUAAAGCAGGGGCUUAUGGUUUUUAGUUUAUUCCUAGCAGCAGUUCUAUUCAUGGCAUUUGGUGAAUGAAGCUAUCAAAUAAUCUGAUUACAGCCAUGUGUGUGUCCAGCCUAUUGGCAAAUCCCUUCUCAAUUUUGGAUAUGGGGUUGUGCAUAACUAUAGUCCAAGCAUGUGUAGUGCUUAAAGUGUCCCUUUAAAGUGAAAGAUUAAAGCUUAUCUUCUGAAAAGUUGACAUUUACUUGAGGACCAAGGACUGUCUCAGCUGUUAUCACAAUCUGGGUCUUUAAGAUUCAGUUCCACAACGAGAUUACCUGUUUAUUUAAUGCUUGCAUUCAUGACCUUAUAGAACUUCUGUUGCUAAAUAAACAAAAUAAAGAGAUUUUCCUGUUGGCACAAUAUUGUGAUGACACCAUGGAAUGCUAUUGGUCAUUAUGUAAUCUGUGCGUUAUUAGUAAAAAUGCCACUAAAAGAUGAUUGUUCCCUCCUCCUCUGAGGUGGCCUCCAGAACGAAUGUGUACUCAACUGCAGGACACACCAUAUUGUAGCUAAUUAACCCUACACUAAAAUCAUAAUAAGAAAAAGUAGUUUCAAUCGGAGUGUUUGCUAGAUAAAGCUAAUUGCAAUCUCAAUGCUUGCUAGAAUUUUUGUUUCUAUGAAGGGCCCCUAUUUAAAGGGACCCAGACCACUUCAGCCUAUUGAAGUGGUCUGGGUGCCAACUCCCAUCACCCUUAACCCUACUAGUGUAAUUAUUGUAGUUUUUAUAAACAGCAAUAAUUACCUUGCAGGGUUAAGUCCUCCUCUAGUGGCUGUCUACCAGCCAGCCACUAGAGGGACUUCCGGGUUCAUAGACAACUUUUGGUCAUCUAAAUGACACUGAACGUCCUCACACUAUGCAUGAGGACUUCCAGCAUCGCCGGAAUCACUCUAGGAAAGCAUUGAAUAAUGUUUUCCUAUGAGGAAAUCUAAUGCGCUCGCAUUAGGUCUCCCUUGUCAGUGGGGUAGGAACGUGUGCGGAGCCUGACCCAGCGCCGAGGGACAUCAGUGCUGGAUUCAGGUAAGUGUCUGAAAGAGUUUUAACCCCUUUAGCGACGUCGGAGGGGGGCGGGAGGGUGAGGGUCACUCCACGAUUCUUUAGUGCCAGAAAAACAGGUUUGUUUUCCUGGCACUAGAGAAUCCAUUUAAAUUUUGUGAUCUUUCAUCACAUAAACAUUGCAAAAUUAAAUUCUGUCAAAAUAAACCUUAUGAUCACAGGUAUGGUCCGCUGUGUCAUUAACUUAGACUUUUAUUGAAUACCGUUGUUUUGGGCAGUAAAAGCAUCAGUGCUCUAGCAGGCGCUCUAGAAGAGACACUCAAUAUAAAACCGUAUGAUUGAACUUUAUGCAGAAGUAACACUAGAAUUAAAAUUAAAAAAACAUUGUGUGUAAUUGUGUGGACCCAUUUUCCUGACUUUCAUUUUCUCAGUUUUAGCCCUUCAUGCUAAUUGCCUUAUUUUUAAUAGAUGAGUUUUAAUCCUUUCCAAAUUUUCACUAAUUAAAUUGAGGAGAUUAAUUUGCGAGAAUCUAAUAUGGUCAUGCACGUGUACUUAUUGUAACAUAUGUAGCUCUCCCAUACUUCUCUGCUCAUGCAAGUUGAAUUAGGUUUCUGAAUCUAAUUUUGCCUUCACUGAAAUGACAAGUUUUUGCAAUAACAGAAUCAUGCCGGUUUCUCUCUAGGGAGAUGGCACAGGGGUUGCAAGCAUAUACAGAGGUCCAUUCGCCGAUGAAAACUUCAAACUAAAGCAUUCUGCCCCUGGUCUUCUCUCUAUGGUAAGUACAUAGGUUCUCCUGGUUUUUAUAUAGUGUCAGUAAGAUGAAUAUUAGAAUCUUUGCUUCUCCUGUUGUUCAAAGUUUCUCAUGACCCGUAGUCAGUCUGAUGGGUCUCAAUGCUUUGAAAGGAAAUUCUGUUGUCAUGAAUGAAUUACUGCCAAGAAACUGUAUGAUUUAUCCAGGUAUUUUAUGGUAGUACUGCGACACCACUCAAGCUGCCUUGCAUUUAACCUGUAUUUAACAGCAAGCUAGGCAGAAAGACAAGGACCAACUACUGUAGAACUGUGAUGUCUAACCUUGACAUGUCGAUAUCUGUCAACUCCAUUUCCCAUGUUGUCUGUCCAUACUACCCGAAAUGCUUGCCCCCACCCUCAGGGUCCCACUCCCGUGGCGCUGAAGGGGGAGGAAGGGGUUAAUCCCUUACCUUUUUUCCGGCGCCGGGCUCCCUCGGGGUUGGCACUCUUCUUCCGUCAUUGGCUGAAUGCGCAUGCGCAGCAAGAGCCGCGCGCGCAUUCAGCCAGUCUCAUAGGAAAGCAUUCUCAAUGCUUUCCUAUGGAUGCUUGCGUGCUCUCACUGUGAAAAUCACAGUGAGAAGUGCGGAAGCGCCUCUAGCGGCUGUCAAUGAGACAGCCACUAGAGGCUGGAUUAACCCAUUUGUAAACAUAGCAGUUUGUUUACAGCAAAAAGGGUUAAACCUAGCUGAACCUGGCACCCAGACCACUUCAUUAAGCUGAAGUGGUCUGGGUGCCUAUAGUGGUCCUUUAACCAUAACUUAUGUACACCAUUACCAAAUCCCAAGUGUGUUCCAUAGAAACAGAUAUUUGUGGCAGAGUAGGGAGAAUUAUUUUGCCGCCUUAAGAUAUGUACCCCUGAAUCUCAGACUUCUUUCAUUCUAAGGUACUCGUUUUCCUGGCACUAUAGUGCCCUGAGGGUGCCCCCACCCUCAGGGACCCCCUCCCGCCCGGCUCUGGAAGGGGGAAAGGGGUAAAAACUUACCUUUUCCAGCGCUGGGCGAGAGCUCUCUGCCUCCUCCUCCUCAUGCCCCGGCCGCUGAAUGCACGCUGCGCGGCAACAAGAUUCAGUCGGUCUCAUAGGAAAGCAUUUACAAUGCUUUCCUAUGGACGCUGGCGUGCUCUCACUGUGAUUUUCACAGUGAGAAGCACGCAAGCGCCUCUAGUGGCUGUCAAUGAAACAGCCACUAGAGGAUUAGGGGGAAGGCUUAACCCAUUCAUAAACAUAGCAGUUUCUCUGAAACUGCUGUAAUUAUGAAAAAAUGGGUUAAGCCUAGCUGGACCUGGCACCCAGACCACUUCAUUAAGCUGAAGUGGUCUGGGUGCCUAGAGUGGUCCUUUAAGUGACACAUAAAUAAUAAAAUAGAAGGCAAAAUGUAGGCUUAAAAUGGCAGAGUUGUAAAAAUUCUCCAGUUCUGCUUUUUCCAUAUUAUAUAGUGUUUAACAUUUUUUCUGACAUUAUACACCACUUAUUGGGAGUUAUUCACUAAACAAUGUAUUAUUGUAAAGUAAAAACUGAAUUUCAAAUUUCAGGUCAUAAUAAUCGAGUUGGAUAAAACUCCCCAACUCCAUUUUAGUCACAGCUUGACUACUUUAGUCUGAAAUUUACAGUUUGGUUUCCAGCUUCCAGCAAUCUACUAUUAAUCGAAUAACCCCCACUAUUUAUAAAUGAACUUUUACCUGUUCAGGUAGUACAGUUCAUACAAUGUGGCAUUUGUUUUAAAGUAGCAUACUGUGUUUCUUUCGGCUUAUGUAGGUCUUGCACGGACACAGAAUGUGUUCAAUGACUAUAUAUGUGCUAUAAAUGAAAAAAACUUUUAUUAAAAAGCAAUUGGAGUUUCUUACAGGCAUGCACAUAAACAUUAAGUAAUGAGAACCUUUAAAAAUACAAUCAUCUUUCCUAGCUCCCAGUAGGUGGCCUGUUCUCUGCUACCAGACCACCUGCCGUGAUGAAAAAGCAAUAAGCAACUUAAAGGCACAGGCUCUGCAGCCGCUCCCAGUGCUGGUUUCAUGCAUACUAAUGCAUAUUUGCCAUUGCAUUUCUGUUACUCACAUGACCUUUAUGAUUUAAAGUCUGGUUUGUGACACUCCUACACAUUGUGCCUCAUUAACCCCAAGAGGAGCAGAAAUAUUCGUUGCCAUCCUCACAAUCUUUUCUUUGAACAUCACGGAGGAACAUUCCGUUUUGAAAUAGUGUAUUUAAAGAUCUUAUCGCUAUGACAGUUCAUUUGCUUGCUUUGAAACCAUUUCUUCAAUUUAUUUCACGUCCUUUUAUUAAAAGGAAAAAAUAAUGUUUUGUUUUUCUCUGCAGGCUAACAGUGGUCCAGGUACAAACGGCUGUCAGUUUUUUAUCACAUGCUCGAAAUGCGAUUGGUUGGAUGGGAAGCAUGUGGUUUUUGGUGAGAGUUUUCUAUGAAACAGAUUAGAUAUAUAUAUUGUAAUUUUACUUCUUUUUAAAAUAUUCCUUAUUUAGUUUAUUUUUUCUUCCGUGAUAUAGGCAUCACUUGUUAGUAUAAUCAUGUCCGUUAUGUAAACGAAAUUGCAGCUUUUAGAUCAAAAUAGUUCAAUUGUGUCCAUUCAGUAUUCAUAUCGUUAUUCCUGUCAUAUUGAUGUAGCAAGCUCCAUAUUGUUGUUUUCUACCUACAUGGGCCAUGUUGUUAUGCACGGUUUUGUGUUACAUUGCUAGUAAACUUUGAAUGAUUUUAAAAAUAAAAUAUAGUGAAGUUGUAAGAUUCCCCCCUUUCCCCCUUUUUUGACCAAAAAAACAUUCUUGUGUCCUCACUUUAUUUAGUUAAUAACAUCAAAACAAAUUUGUGAUUGAAAUUUGUUGUUCUCCAUAAAAAAGGAGUUUCAAUUGCCCUGUAGGAAUAAAAAGAUGACUUUUCUACUAGGAUGUAUUCUACAUCAAUAACUAUAACAUAAACAGACACUGUAAGCACUAAGAUCACUUAAUGAUCUUUAAAGGUUACUCCAACCAAAAAACAUUUUUUUUAUUUUAUUUUUAUAAAACACUGGUUUUGGUUAGGGUAACCUUUCCUAUCCUGCUCCCCCAACAAAAAAAAAAAAUAAUAAACUUACCUCUGUUCUAGAGUGCAAGGCAAUUCUCCCUGAUCCUCCUCCAGUGACAUUGCUCCCCAUAGCUGCAGGGGAGGGAUGUAGGAGGAGAACAUGGCGGUAUAGAGUGCUCGGCCAAGGUGCCAUUGUAACCCUCUCGCCAGCAUGUCCUGUAUGCACAGAAUUGACUCUUCAAUGAUGGAGUUACACCUCUGGCAGCAAAGGGGUUAAAAUAUCUGAGAGUAGGAUUUCAUAGCGAAGUGCUACACAUGCAGGCUCCAAGAAUCAUGACCACUUUAAAUCACUGAAUUGGCCAUGGUACUUGGAGUAACCCUCUAAUGAAGAAAUUAUGGGGCAUAAAUGCUACUUGCAAUUGAAAACAGUGCAGUUUAACCCCUUAAUGACGUUAUGGCGUUCUAUGACGUCCCCAUUUAAAUGGGCUUUAAAGCCGUUGCGGCGGCAUAGAACGCCGUUACGGCUUAAGCCGCCAGGAGGUGAAAUUUACUUACCUCCGCCGCAAUCCUCUUCAGAAGGCAGCCCUCCCCUGGCAAAUCAGGCCCCCAGGGGCCAUGUGAUCACUCUCAAAGAGCGAUCACAUGGCCCCCUAUAGCUGCCUGUGGAUCUACCAGCAGGGGGACUGUCUGAAAUGUCAGACAGUCCCCCUGCUGGUGGGAAGAAUAAUAAAAAUAUUAUUGAACAUGUUUAAAAUCAAUUAAAAGUAUUUCUAUAUAAAUAUAAAAUAUAUAUAUAUAUAAUAUAUAUACAUCUUAUUUAUAUGUAACGUCAUACAUAGUGUAUUUUAAAGUUAAUAUAAAUAUAUAUAUAUAUAUAUAUAUAUAUAUAUAGAUAUAUUAGUAAUAAAAUACACUUAGAAUGAUGUUACAUAUAUAUAAGGUAUAUAUAUUAUAUAUAUAAUACAUCUAUUUAUUUUAUAUUUAUAUAUACACGUAUAGUUACAAUAAUAAAUAAAAUAAUUUAAAAUAUAUAUUUAAAAAAAUUAUAUAUACAUAUGUAAUUUCAUUCUAACUGUAUUUUGUUAUUAAUAUAUAUUGGUAACAAAAUACACUUAGAAUUACAUUCUAUAUCUAUCUAUAUAUAAAAUACAAAUAACCGCAAAUAUAUACACAUAAAUAUAUAUAAUUACUUAAAUAACUACAUAAGUGUACACGUAGACUUUACUUACAUAUAUAUAUAUAUAUAUAUUAAAAUUCUACGUGUAUAUUUAAGUAAUAUUUUAAUAUAAUUAUGUGAGUUAAUUAAUUAAAAUUUGAUUGACAUGCCUGACAACCCAGGCAGAAAGUGCAGAGAAUUUGAAUUGCAAGCACUCUAUUUAACCCUGUAACUUUCCAAGACACCAUAAAACCUGUAUAUGGGGGGGUACUGUUUUACUCGGGAGACUUCACUGAACACAAACAUUAGUGUUUCAAAAUGGUAACUUGUAUUAAAACGAUGAUAUUUUUAGUAAAAAUGAAGUUUUUUGCAUUUUUCACACACGAAUUGCACUUUUACUGACAAUAUUAUUGUUGUAAUAUGUUUUACUGUUUUAAAACACUUAUUUUUGUGUUCAGUGAAGUCUCCCAAGUAUAACAGUACCCCCAUGUACAGUUUUUAUGGUGUUUUGGAAAGUUAGAGAGUCAAAUAUAAGGCUUGCAUUUCAUUUUUUUCACAUUGAAAUUUGCCAGAUUGGUUAUGUUGCAUUUUGAGACCGUUUGGUAGCCCAGGAAUGAGAAUUACCCUCAUGAUGGCAUACCAUUUGCAAAAGUAGACAACCCAAGGUAUUGCAAGUGAGGUAUGUCCAGUCAUUUUAAGUAGCCACUUAGUCACAAACACUGGCCAAAUAUUAGUUUUUUGCUUUUUUCACACAAAAACAAAUAUGAAUGCUAAAUUUGACCAGUGUUUGUGACUAAGUGGCUACCACAAAAGACUGGACAUACCCCACUUGCAAUACCUUGGGUAGUCUACUGUUGCAAAUGGUAUGCCAUCAUGGGGGUAAUUCUUAUUCCUGGGAUACCACACGGUCUCAAAGGUAACAUUACUAGUCUAGCAAAUUUCAAUGUGAAAAACCUGAAAAAUGGAAUGUGCUAUAUUUGACCCUGUAACUUUCCAAAACACCGUAAAAUCUAUUGUACUCAUGAGACUUUUCUGAAUCCAAAUAUGUGCUUUUUUGCAGUUAAAGCUAACAGUAAUAUGACAUUUACAGCUAAAAUGUGAGGCGGAACUACACAUUUUUUUUUUAAUAAAAAUUUACUUUCUCACUGAUUUUUUUUAAUUUUAUUUAUAAUAAAUUGUUUCAUAUAUGAAUAGUUCAUGUGAAAUUAAAUCCCUGUUUCUCCUGAAUAAAAUGAUAUAUAAUAAGAGUGGGUGCACUUUAUAUGAAAGAGGUGAAUUACGGUUGAACAGACAUAUAGCGCAAAUUCCAGUUUUUGUUUACAUUUUGUUUCGAUUAGAACGUGUACUAUUGACUCCGUCCUGAAGGGGUUAAUAGAAUCUGCAAUGUUUACAUUUAGCAGUUCCUAUUCCUCUACUGGCUGUCUUUCAGAAUGAUUCUAAUUUGCAUCUGGUAUCAGCAUCCCAAGUACUAACAAAACAAGAGUACUCUUGGAGACUCAGGGCAGAGAAAAACCACAUGUUCAGAUACAAUGUUCCUUUAAUCCAUGUGUUAAUAAAGUACAAAAAUACAAAAAAGGACAAAAUAGCAAGGUGCACAAAUUGCUUGACAUUUACGUGAGUCAUUUUUAAUAAAAUGUUAAGUUUAUGAUAGCUGUUUUCAGUUGUGCUUUUAUUAUUAUUUAAGAUCAUUAAUGUAUUUUUUCACAAAGCUAAGAAAAGCUACUCCCAUUACAUCUGACAGUAUUAUCGUAAAUUAUUGAAAAUCAUAGUCCCUAGUCCAAAACCUCUCUGUAGAUUUUAAUUGCUCCAUUAUCGCUUUCACAAAGCUCCAAUGUAGUCUGUCUGAGAGGUAGCACUCACAUGACUGUCUAAUUGCAAUCAUGUUUAUUACAUCAAUAAAACAAAAUGUACAUUUUAUAACUGCUACACAGCAUAUAAAUGACAUGGAACUGAGGUUCUUAACUCUCUUAAGACAGAACCCAAAACUGGAUCCUGAUUGGCUGGAGAAAGCACAUUGUGUAAUCAAAUCCUAGACUAGUACCCACAGUAAGCUACCCACAGUAAGUUGUUUAUUGCAGAAUGCUAUGAUUUUUCCAUUUCAACGGAGACCACUUUGGAGCUGCAAUGCAAAACGUCUAAUGAAAGGGAUUUUUUUUAAUGCAUUUUAGUAUUUAGUCAUGGAGUGAACUUUACAAUUGAAGACUAAAAUGGCAAAAUAAUACAGCGUACACAAUUUGGGUCCUUGUUAACAAAGGUUAAGAAUCACUGCCAUGGGUGGGAAAACUUAUUUUGUUGUUUUGCAAUUGUGUUACAAUGCUGUGUAAAAUAUUUUUUGCAAAUGAUCUGAUUAUGGCUAUAUUUCUGUUCUUAGGCAAAGUUAUUGAUGGACUUCUAGUCAUGAGAAAAAUUGAGGUAAUUCAGUUGUUUUUAGUCUAACGUCAUAUAAUGUACUGGUGAUAAUACAAUGAUCCAUUUUUAAUCCAUUUUAUCCUUCUUGCUGCUGUUGGACAUUUCCCAAAAUUCUUUGGUGACUCGCAGAGAAUUAUGUGAAAUUUAGGACAACUCACACCUGGAAGGGCUAGAACAUACAAUAUAAGGAAAACUAAUCCCAAUGGAAAAUAAGUCCCAGCUUGCCAAUUUUAAACCAUAUUUUAUAAAAAUGGCUGCAAGCUUUACCACAACUCACUGUUUAGUGAACAAAUCCCUGCAGUCUCUGCAAACACGUUUUCUUGCUCUUAACAACAUGUCCUGGGUGUGGAAAAAAAAUGUCUUGGGCACACCCAAUUCAACACUGAUAAACUUGGUUUAUUGCCUGCUGGUGUCUACAAUAAAACAUUAAUCAGUUCAAAGACUCGGUUGUUUCUGUAAAGCAUAGCUCUGUACUUUCACUCAAUAAUCCUUACUUUUACAAACCACGUGCAUGGUGCCAUGAAGCACCUUGUACAGGUAAAUUUGUUAAACUUCUUCCAUAUUGCUCUGUGUACCAAGGGAGGGCAUUUGUUUGUUUUGCUUAAAGGCAAUAUUCCUUCCUCCAUGUAGCUUUGGAAGAGUGCAGUCCCAUCAGUCAGCAGUGUUUGGUUUGUGUGUGUGUGUGACUGAAUAUUUGGCAAGGCUGUUGAAAAGAGGUAAAAAGGCAUGUUGCUUCUCACAGUGAAAAAAAAAUCUCUACAGACAGUGUUGUAUAAGCACAAUAAAACCUAAUGUAAAAAUCACUCCAUGUAAUGCAUCAUAUUAGUUGCACAAUUCAAUAAAUAUUUUUCAAUCUAUAAGUGGUAUUUAACUAUUGUGUCCCCAUAUAUGCUUGUUCUCUAGAUGCCUAUUGGAUUUAUGGAGCAGAAGAUCAUAAUGUAUCUUAAAUUGAAGGCUAUCCUUAGAUAAAGUUUUCAUUCAAAAGCAUUUUAUGAAAAUAAAUCAGAUUUUAAAUAAAAAAAAAUAAUAUGGAUAAAAGAUAAAUUAAAAAUAAACAAAAAUAUUUUUUAUAUAUAUGUUUUUUAUUGCCCAAAUCACACAUUAUAUGAUGCCAGCAAUGUAUUACUGUCCACAGAGUGGUAGUGACUGCAUACAGAGGAUUCUGUUAAUUCUAGUCACAUUCAAUUACCGGAUGUGGUCAAUCUCAUACAUGCUGAAUAAAACGACGAUAAGGUUCAUGCACUCCACUAUAGACAGAUGUAAGGCAAUCUUUAAUUGGAAUACCUAGAUACAAGAAACAACGUUUCGGUCUCAAGUCUGACAACGCUUUUUAUCUUGGUUUGAUUAAUUUUAUAGUAAUAACCAUGUGCAAAGGUAUUUCCGUUGUUGACUUACAAUGCACGCUGUCUGAGUUUGUUAUACUUUGUCAAUUACUGUACUUAUGGAACACUUUUGUGAUUUAAAAAAAUUCUGUAUUUUAAAAUGUUUGUUAUAAUAUAUCAUCUAAUUUUUUUUGUUUUUAUGUACUUUGACAGUUUUGAAAAAUCACUUGCCUACUUUUCCCACUUCCUGUUUUUCUGACAACCAUCUUUAUGCACCUUUUGUCAGAUUAUCAAUUUACUGACUACAUGCUCACUAUUUUGCAGCUCUUACUGACAAUCUGACUGCAGGUGCAUAAAGAUGGCUGUAAGAAAGGGGUAGAGUCAAAGGCAAACAAAAAACUAAUAAAACCGGGUGGUGGACUUUGCCCCAGAGUGUUCCUUUAAGACAAUGUUCAAUGAUUAUAGGACUACGGCCAGUUCUGAACCAACACAAUGUAUUUAAUUAGAAGCAUGUAGAGAAAGAGUUACUUAUCCCUAUUAUGCACGGUAGUAAAAAUUAUAUUUUUGUAAAUGUUAUGUAUUGUAAAGCUAUCUAAGGCUUUCCGUUUCAACAUUUGAUCUCCACAUUUCAGAAUGUACCUACAGGUCCCAACAAUAAGCCCAAGCUACCAGUUAUUAUUGCUCAGUGUGGCGAAAUGUAAAUCGAGGUGAGUAACAGUAUUAACGAUGGUCGCUAUGCCAAAUAGACUCCCACUUUCUUUGAAGAUGUUGGUUUGUUGUGUAUUCUGCCUUAGAUCUUUCUGUGUUGCCUCUCUUAACAUUUAAGGGCAACUCGGUAAAGUGAGAAUCAAAGUGAAUUAAAAUUUAAGGUCACAGUAGCCAAUCGGAAAGCAUAGCUGACUUAGAGAAUAUUUCCAGUUCAGCUUCUUUCACCUUAAAUUUUAAAUUAACUUUGAAUUCUUAGUCUAGAGAAUAACCCUGUAUAUGUCCAAAAAUGUGUGUUUUUUAAUGCAUGUAAUUAAUAUUUGAAAAAAAGUAUGAUUUCACUAAAAUUUCCUGAAAUAUUACUUAAACUGUAUGAACCUACCUUUCAUUAGCUACAUUACUUACAUUUGUAGCUAAUGGAGACCCCCUUUUUGCCCAGUGCUUACUUCCUUGUUAGUUCUGGGCAUUGUUCAGUUAAAUGCUUUUCAUAAAGUAUUGAUGGCAAAUCUCUUUUCUAAAGAUUCUCAUGAAGAUGGUCGGUUGUAUUGAAAGUUACUGAUUCACAUGGAAAAAACAUACUACUACUAUAGGGCUGUGUUAGUGCAAGUGCGUUAUUACGUAUAUUUUUUUAUGUAUCUGUUAAAAUUUUGAGUUGCCUAAUAAAGCUAUUAAGGGCUAAAAUUCUUAUCAUGCUCUGCCAACCACUUGUGUUUUUAUUUCCCCAUUGACUUUUGCUUGUAGGAAAAGAUACUGUGGUCUUCAUCUGCUAUAGGUGCAGACCACAUGCUCCCUUGUGCUUGCAGAGGUUCCCUCUGGGUAUGCUGAGGAGAUCCUCCGAUCUACUGAGCGGGUCUUUUGAGUCUAGUAGCCUUGCGUGCCAUACCAAGGGAUGACUCUUGUCCUACAAUGAUCUCUUGUGACGCACACGGAACAUCUGCCAGUAAUGUCAGCUAAAUGUACACUAGCUUAAUAUUAGUCAUGUUAAUUUGUUUGGAAUAAUGUUUAAACUAAUAUUGAUUUCAAAAGUGGUUAAAACCUAGUUAUGACAGGUUUAUCAUAAUGGAGAAUAGCUCCUAAAGCAAUGAUUAUAUAAUUUAAGGUAAAGAUACAUUAUAUAUUUCAUUUGGAGCUAUUAUUUUAAUAAUUAAAAGGCCCUUAUUCAUGCAUUAUUAUAUAGAUAAUGUGUUAAAACAUUAAUGGAAAAAUAUACUUUUUAAUAUCCUGAAACUGCAUAGCUCAGAGUAGCAAUCUACAGGUUCAGGCCGGUCCGUCACACCAGGAAGAAGCUCAGCCAAUCAAGAACCUCUCAUUCUGGGACAUGGGUUCUGAUCAUAUCCCAUGAGUGCUUAAUAUCUAUACAUUUACUGGAAUUUCUACUAAAGUAAUGCGACUAUAAAUAAUUAUUUUAUUUGUAUUGUCUUGACAAUGAAAUAUAUCUCAAAAUAUUUCUGCACAUUGUGCAAUACCAAAUCAUUCUUUGAUGUGCUGUGCUGUAUUUGUUAUUUGUAUUGCAUUCAUAUAAUAUAUAUAUAUAUAUAUUUUUAUUCUUUUUAACAGCUGCAUGCUGACAUCCGGGAGCCUGAAAUGUACACAUUGGUGACUGUACAGUGAUCACAAUGUUUAUUCUUUGAGAGUUGUGUUUUUUUUGUUACAAAUAUUUUUUAAUAAACAACAUUUGGUUACAUUCA